GGAAAGAACGUGCUAGGUAGCUAUCUGGACUUUGUAGAUUUAUCCCUCUCGUUGCCAAGAAAGCCUCUGCUAAUAUCUAGGAGCUUACGAAGGUGGAAACAAUCAGCCAAGCUUUCCUUACCAGCUAGCACACAAAAGAUAGAAGGUGGCUAGUGACUAAACUGAAGCCCAUCAAGAAACAUCAGCUGGUGGCAGCCUCAGCAUAUCAUUCCAGUUUGCGUCUAUGGUUGAUCCAGUUGCAGCUGAGGAUGGUCCAAGCCGCAAAUAUUCAUGGCUGGAUGGAAUCAUGAUAAAGAUUGACAAUUUGUCUCCGGUAUCAAAUUGGAGCAUCUGGAAGGUUUCAUAUAGCCUUCGGACUGUGAAUGAAGAUGCCUACGAUCCUCACAUCAUCUCAAUCGGACCUCUUCACAAAGGAAAGCACCAAUUGCUAUCCAUGGAGGUUCACAAAUUGUAUUAUAUGCGAUCCCUCCUACAACGAACACCAGAUUUACAUGAGACUCUCAAAUCUUCUGCUGAGGCCAUCAAAGAGUUCGAGGAAAUGGUUCGUGCUUGCUAUGCAGAGCCAAUCGAGAUGAGUUCAAGUGAGCUAGCUGAGAUUUUGUUAGUCGAUGGUUGCUUUAUGCUUGAACUUUUUAUAAGAUACUCGAAAGUUGAUCUUAGAGUGCAAGAUGAUCCCUUGUUUUACUCCUCGUGGAUUAUCUUAACUCUCCAGCGAGACCUUGCAUUGCUUGAGAAUCAGAUUCCAUUCUUUGUUCUUGAAAGACUGUACUCGCAAGUAGUGGAGUCUAGUACUAUUGGUCAGUCAUUGCCUAGCCUCCCUGAGCUCGCUCUUGGUUUCUUCAAAUCAGUUCUGUACAUUAAUGAUGAGAAUUUUAGGAUCAUUAGGAGACCCUAUCCCCAUUUGCUUGAUUUAAUUCACAAUUGCUACUUACCCCCAGCAUUCUCUGGAAGAAGCAAUAUUGGAGAAUGGGUUUCAACGCAGCCGGCAACAUCACUCAAUGAGGCUGGAAUUGUGUUUAGGAAAGGUACAACAAGAAAUCUAUUUGACUUGAGGUUCAGAAACGGUGCACUCGAAAUCCCACCAUUGCUCAUCCAUGAUUCAACAGUUUCACUCUUCCAAAAUCUCAUUGCUUACGAGCAACUUUCACGCGGCACUGCACAAUACAUCACAUCUUAUUUCGCACUCAUGUCCCGUCUUGUUUAUGAUCGGAGAGAUGCUGAACUACUUGAGAGCAAAGGUAUAAUUAAAAACGAUAUGAGUGGUUGGAAAGAUGUUUCAGUGCUCUUCAAUGAUAUGUGCAGGCAGGUUGUUGUGCAAGAUUUCUAUUAUGCAGAAGUAUGUCAGGAUUUGAACUCAAACUUCAGGACUCGGUGGGCUUUAUACAAGGCGACCUUGAGAAAGACCUAUUUCAGAAGUCCAUGGACAAUUUUAUCGGUCAUGGCUGCCUGCAUGCUUCUUUCCCUUGCUGUAAUUCAAACGGUAUACACAGUACUUUCGUAUUAUCCUAAAUAUUGAUAGUUGUCCGAGUGUUUUGUUUCCACAAUUUGUUCAAGAAUUAAGCUUUUAUGCAUAAUAAAUAUUGCGUGUUCAUGGAAA